CUUGACUGCCUGCUUUUUGCAUAGGCACUCCUUCGAAUCCCUCACGGACUUUGUGAUAAAUUGAUAGCCGUCCUGCUCUCGGCCUCGUCCACACUAACUCCCAUCGCUUACCCCAACCUCCCAGGACAGCAUACACUGUGGUAUCAAAAUGGGCCGCUGGGCUGACAUGGAUGACGACGAGCAACGUCUUCCCGAAGGGUUCCAACGCAUAGGCUACGAUGCCGACACUCAGAAGUACACGUUCAGCGACGGCAACGGCCGCGUCUAUGAAUCCGAAGAAGGGAACCGCUAUGGCCCUCUCUGGCCCGUCGGCCAGCAACCCGAACGCUCGCCGGAACAGAUCGAAGCGCACAACACGCAGCUCAAGAAGAGCAACCGCGAGUCCGUCAGGAUGAUGCUCCCGUUCGCACUCCUCGUCGUAGUCUUCCUCCUGCUCCUCUUUAGAUUCAUCAAUGGUGGAUCGACUGACGAGGCGGCGUCGCAGGUUUACUGUGCUCAAGGCGAUCGUAAAAUUCAAGUCAAGAAAGGCGACACGUGCUGGGAGAUCGGAAAAGCCUAUGGUGUGGGUGUAGACGAGCUGCUGCAGCUGGAGGGGAAUGAACAUGUGGAUUGCGAGAGGUUGAAUGUGGGGCAGAGGAUGUGCGUGCCGGCAUGAAUGUGAUACCACUGUGGGCCUGUAUGAACACAACAUUGGUUCGGGAUGCGUUCUUUGUUUGGUUGGCGUCCGGAUGAUGGGAGUUCUCAAAUGCUAAACACCUGUACUGACCUCGGGAACGGCCUUCUAACGGAGACGAUAUUGGAUGAAUCACUCUACUUCUUUCGUUCUGCAAGUUCCGAGACUGGUAGCGCUGGACUCUUGC